AUGACAGAAGCUCGACCAGUCAAUUUUGGCGCAGGGCCCUCUGCAUUGCCGGAAUCAGUUCUUGAGGAAGCUUGCAAAGGGCUAUUUAACUUCAAGGGAACUGGGAUUGGCAUAGCAGAAAUUUCUCAUCGCUCGAAAGAGUUUACCUCCCUCGUUGCUGACCUCGACAACAAUAUCCGGACCCAGUUGGGCGUUCCGCCUACACACAAAAUCAUAUUCACCCAAGGCGGAGGAACAGGGCAGUUCUCUGCUGUGGUGUUGAACUUGCUAGCGCGGCAUCGAUUACUUCACCCAGAUCUUUCUGAUGAACAGCGGGUGCUGGACUACGUGAUCACGGGUUCUUGGAGCAAAAAGGCUAUGGAAGAAGCCAAAAGAUUGGGCGGUGGAUCUGUCCAUAUCGCUGUUGAUGCCCGUGCAAAGUCUAAAGACUCAAAAUCCUAUGAUAAUAUCCCGGCACAUGAAGAUUUCGACUUUUCUGCUGAUCCCGCGCUCAUCUACUACUGUGAGAACGAGACAGUGGACGGUGUCCAGUUCUCUAACGAUGUACAAUCUCCUGCAUCGUUCCCAUUCCAUCUUCUGCCAGCAGGCGGCCUGUGGCCUCUCGUAGCGGAUUAUUCUUCCUCAUUCAUGUCUAGGAAGAUUCCUCGCAUUGCUGAUCAUGCCGUGAUCUUUGCCGGUGCUCAGAAGAAUAUCGGACCUGCGGGAUUAACCAUCCUGAUCGUUCGCCAGGACUGUAUCGUCGAUGUAGAUGCCGCAGCGAAAUUAGGUGCUGUUCCGGUACCUAUCACGAUGUCCUACAAGACCAACGCGGACGCAGGGAGUUUGUAUAAUACUCCUUCGACCUUGUCUAUUUACAUCGCUGGUUUGGUUCUAGAGAGAUCGAAGAAACUGGGUGGAGUGGAGUAUUUCGAGUCUGUUAAUGGGAGGAAGGCCCAAAAAGUUUAUACUGCGCUUCAAGAGGGUGAAGAAAAAGGAGUCUAUCGCUCGAAAGUCAAAGAAGGAUCUGGAAGCUGGAUGAACGUAGUCUUUGAUGUCCUUGGUGAUAAUGCUGAAUCCAAAUUUCUGGCUGGUGCAGAAGCACUAGGAAUGAAAGCUUUAAAGGGGCAUCGUUCGGUUGGUGGGAUUAGAAUCUCACUUUACAACGCUAUAACGGAAGAGCAGACCGAUAGGAUCGUCGCAUAUUUGAAGGAUUUUCCAACUCAAAUCUCAUAG